AAUCCCGGGCUCCGCCGCCAGCACCGAUCUCUGACUCCAUACCGGCACCUUCUGCGGGACCUGCCGGCAGCACACCUACCUCUAUCUACCUACCUAGUGACCAUGUACCUGAAAUGGGGAUUUUCUGCUGCAGUUUUGGCAACUAUUGUUGGGAUUUACCUGCUUCCUUCCCCUAUUGAUCCUGAGCCUUUCAUGUUUGAUAAACCUCCACCAGCCCUCGUUGGGCCAUUGGCCUUAAAUCAAAAACUUCACAAAGGGAGAAGGAUUUUCUAUGGACUACUCAAAGGCCCGGAAUCGUUCACCUGUGACAAAGAAGGCAAUCUUUACACCGGCACUGUGGAUGGGAAACUGUGGAAGAUCUCUGGGGACAAGCUAUCCUUCAUAACACAGAUGGGACAGAAUGUGUCACAGUGUGGUACCCCAGAAUAUGAACGGGUGUGUGGACGACCACAUUCUGUUCGUAUGGAUCACAAUGGAUUUCUUAUUGUAGCAGAUUCAUAUUUUGGAUUGUUCAGGGUGAACCCACGGACGGGAGAGAAGACCCUCCUGCUUUCUAAUGAAGAAGGUGUUGAUGGAAUUCCUUUCAGAUUCUUAAAUGGACUUGAUCUGUCUCGAAAUGGGACCAUUUACUUUACUGACUCCAGUAGCAAGUGGGGGAGAAGACAUCACAGAUACGAGGUCCUGGAAUUGAACAAUUUGGGGCGUCUGAUAAAGUUUAACCCUGUGAAAAAAGUAGCAGAGACGUUGCUGGAUGGCUUAUACAUGGCUAAUGGGCUGGCACUGUCUCCGGAUGAGAGUUUUAUUCUGAUAGCAGAGACCAGCAUCUGCAGAAUAUCAAGAUACUGGCUAACUGGCAGCAGAAGAGGAGUCCAUGAAGUCUUUGUGGACAAUAUGCCCGGCUAUCCGGAUAACAUCAGACUGUCAAGUCGCGACACCUACAGAAUUGGUUUAUCUACAACGCGGUUUCCUGGACUCUUUCCCCCAUUCUUGGAUGCCCUUGCCCCCUAUCCAGCACUGAAGAGAUUAAUUGUCAAGGUUACCCCGUUGUCCUUUUACAGCGUCCUCCUGAGAAAGCACGGCUUGUUUCUGGAAGUAAAUGACCAAGGUGACGUUGUAGAGAGUUUCCAUGACCCGGAUGGGAGGGUGACGUGGGCCGUGAGUGAUGUGUUUGAACAUUAUGGACAGCUAUACCUGGGGAACACUGACCUUCCCUUCCUUGUGGUUCUAACUAAUGAACAGUAACCUGUGAAUAGUAAGCGCCUACUUUAUAUGUGUUUAUGGAUUGGUGUAAAUUAGUUAUUUUACAUGUACGGUCAUGUGUAUAGUUUGUAUUUUUUUUUUUUUUUUUUUUUUUUAUAUAUAAACUUUUUUCACCAACAAUAUUAUGUUACAUUUUUAGAGAUCCAAAGCAACUGUUUAAAUGCCAAGAUAUAAUGCAUAGCUUUGAUUCUGUUCCAAGCAGGGAAUGCAUUUCAUUUACAAAUAAAUGGGACCUGGUAAUGUAGAGGGGUAAUAUAAGGACCAUAACCACUACAUGUCAAUGCCAUCCCACAGUUCUUGAUCAAAUAUUUUUCACUAUGUCACAUGACAUGCUCAACCAAUCAGUGCUGUCCAAAUCGGGAUACAUCAGAUACUGUGAGUUAAGUAGAACUUCUGCUCAAAUAGUUUGAUCAGGAAUCAAAGUGGAUGGCAGAUGCAGCCUAAUAACACGAUAAUGGCUACAUUAGCAUGUAGUGGUUAUAGUGCUUGGACAUCCCCAUUAAACCUGAAAGUGCCAUCGGUGUGCCCAACAAAUUUAUCUUCAAGGCACAUAUUUACAC